AUUGUCAGAUUUUGUGCCGACUGCAUGCUUUCUGAGUGAUGCGUCGGUCGUCGUCGGCAUCUCAAAAAAUAAAUAGUUUGCCGGUUAUACAAUAUUUGAAGACAUAAUUUACUUAUAUACGUAAAUAAGUAAUAUAUAUGAAUACUCUGUGAGAUAGUCUAAGAUCAAAACAGCUGGUCAACAAUGACUGCCGACGUUCAAAGCAAGGCGAAAAUGCCGCAUCUAUCUUCUGAUAAACAGCUUACUUUUAUAAAAUUAGCAGUUUUAUCAAUGGCAGCAAUUUUGUCGUUUGCGACACGUUUGUUUUCGGUGCUACGAUUCGAGAGCGUAAUCCACGAAUUCGAUCCGUACUUUAACUACAGGACAACUAGAUACCUUACAGAAGAAGGAUUUUAUAACUUUCAUAAUUGGUUUGAUGACAGAGCAUGGUAUCCUCUAGGCAGAAUUAUUGGUGGUACCAUCUACCCUGGCUUAAUGUUAACAUCAGCAACAUUGUACAACAUUAUGCAGUUCCUUAAUAUAACUAUAGAUAUAAGGAAUGUGUGUGUCUUCCUUGCACCUUUCUUUUCAUCAUUAACAACUAUUGUUACCUACUUGCUAACAAAGGAGCUUAAGGAUGAAGGUGCUGGCCUGGUUGCUGCAGCAAUGAUAGCUAUUGUACCAGGAUACAUAAGCCGUUCUGUAGCUGGUAGCUAUGAUAAUGAAGGGAUUGCUAUAUUUUGUAUGCUUCUAACUUACUACUUCUGGAUUAAAGCUAUUAACACUGGUACAAUUCUAUGGGCUACUAUGACAGCUCUUGCAUACUUCUACAUGGUAUCAUCGUGGGGAGGGUAUGUAUUUCUCAUCAACCUGAUACCUCUUCAUGUACUGGCACUAAUCUUGCUGGGACGCUUUUCCUCGCGAGUGUAUGUAGCAUAUAGUACCCUGUACUGUGUAGGGACUAUACUCUCUAUGCAGAUCUCCUUUGUUGGCUUUCAACCAGUGCAGAGUUCAGAACAUAUGUUGGCUCUUGGAGUAUUUGGCUUAUGUCAACUUUAUGCCUUCACUCAGUACUUGCGUGAGCGGUUAUCUCCGCAAAAUUUUGAAUUAUUAUUCAAGGCAUUAGUUACUACACUACUGGCUACACUUGGUACAGCCAUAGUACUGUUCACAGUGACAGGAAAAAUUUCACCUUGGACUGGUAGAUUCUAUUCCCUUCUAGACCCCUCAUAUGCUAAGAAUCAUAUUCCUAUUAUUGCAUCUGUAAGUGAACACCAGCCUACAUCUUGGUCAUCAUUUUACUUUGACCUUCAAGUGCUGGUGUUUCUGUUCCCCGCUGGUCUGUAUUUCUGUUUUACUCGCGUCACCGAUGCGAACAUAUUCAUCAUCUUAUAUGGAGUGCUCAGUAUAUACUUUGCUGGUGUGAUGGUUCGUCUUAUGCUAGUAUUAGCCCCGGUCAUGUGUAUAGUCUCUGGCAUAGCGGCAUCGAGUUUGUUAAGCCUUCAUGUGAAAGACAUUGAGCCAAAGGUUGAGAAACCAGAGAAGAAAAAGAAACAUGAAAAUAAUUUAGUAUUUAGAUCAGAGGUUGGAGCAUUGUUCGUAUGUGUGUUGGGAUGUCUGUUAGUGUCAUACGUGUUCCACUGCACCUGGGUAACGUCAGAGGCAUACUCUUCACCUUCCAUAGUUCUGUCUGCGCGUGCGCAUGACGGGGCCAGGAUCAUCUUUGACGACUUUAGGGAAGCUUACACUUGGCUGAAGAUGAACACGCCUCAGGACGCCAAAGUGAUGUCUUGGUGGGACUAUGGGUACCAGAUAACGGCUAUGGCGAAUCGAACGGUGAUAGUGGAUAACAAUACGUGGAAUAAUACGCACAUAUCAAGAGUCGGACAGGCUAUGGCUUCCACAGAGGAUAAAGCGUACGAAAUCAUGCGAGAAUUAGAUGUCGACUAUGUACUCGUUAUAUUUGGAGGGCUUGUGGGAUAUUCGUCUGAUGAUAUCAACAAAUUCCUAUGGAUGGUUCGUAUUGGAGGCAGUACAGAUCGCGGUGCGCAUAUUCGCGAAGCAGACUACUACACGCCCAGUGGAGAGUUCCGUAUUGAUGCCGAUGGAUCUAACACGUUGCUUAAUUGCCUCAUGUACAAAAUGAGCUACUACAAGUUUGGUCUAGUUUAUACUGAGGGUGGCCGACCUCCUGGCUUUGACCGUGUCCGCGGAGCAGAGAUAGGCAACAAAGACUUCAAUUUGGAAGUACUAGAAGAAGCCUACACCACUGAACAUUGGCUAGUUCGUAUAUACAAAGUCAAGCCUUUGCCCAACCGGGGUGUUUGAGUCAAAUUUGACAAGGUAGGGUAAAUUUUUGGAACUACUCACAUGAAAUUUUGUUUUUUAAGAUUUUUAACCUAAAUUUAAAUGCUAACUGAUGUGUUCUUGACUCUAAUGAUAGUAAUUACGAUAGUAUGAUAGCAUAAAUCAAAGUCUAUAGAUUCAUAUUGUUUUAAUUGUAUAGUAUUAUUUAUCAGUCUCUGAAUAUAUACAUAUAUAGGUAUAUUGCAUGUGUUCAAUAAUUUAUUCUUUAAUGAAGUUUUGUUUUACAUGGUAUCUUUUCUAAGAAAUUUUUACACACAGUUAUUUGUUGCUCGUUUAGUUUAACGAAAUUAUUAACAUUCCAUGCACGAAAUUAAGUCACAAUAUAGCAAACUAUUUUGAAGCUGUCAAAAGCUCUGUUUCUGUCACAAAUGAAGUUGAUGAUCGAAGAAACUGACAAAGCAAUUUCAACUUUAGGUUUUCAAUACUAUUAUGAAUAAUUUAGA